CGUCCUGUGACUUUCAAUCAGCAAAAUCAAACAAUUUCAAAUUGACCCGCCAACUUGGUAAUUUUCACAAAGAACUCAGGACUGGUUCGCGCUCCAACUUUCAGGCGUCCGAAACAAACGAUCUGUCGCACAUAAGAACAGUUCAAAAUGAUGCCGCGCCCGUUUCCGAACUUCGGUUACUGGAACGCCUGGGCCGAUCAAAUCGAUAAUGGAGAACUGAUGGACUUCAUCAACCGCGAGCUGGGCCGUUGCGGCAUCUACCUCUCGGACGCUGACAUCAGAAAAUUUCUGGGUGAGUUGAAAGACGCAGCAAGGUUGGAAGAGUACGAUUUUGGUGGCGAUCGCGGAGAUGAGUUGGUGACCAGGAUGAGGGGAAACUUGACCAAGGACUUGGAGUCGAACGGAGGUCAAGGCUUGUAUCGCAGCCGAUCUCGAUUUCUGGUAUUCUGCUACGUGGCGCGUCGCACCAACUCGGACGAGCUUGCUGGAGCCCUGCUACGAUUCUUUAGCAAGAAAGGAACUGAUAUCGUCGAUGAAGAGAAAUCGUUUCUGUUGACUGAGUGGUGUCUCGGUCUGCAGCAACUCGAGGGUCUGGUACCUGAGGACAAAUUACACAAGGCUUUUCGUCAAGUUGCAAGCCUUGGUCCACCCAUGUUUGAAGAAUGGCGAAGGCCUGGUCCGCACCACUCAUGGGUCGCGGACAUACUCAGGUUGUUUCACGAAAGGGUCCCCCACGACCACAGCCAAGGACGAAGUCAACUUCAGCUCAUUGCGCCCGGCGACUUCCCUGUGCGAAGGUUGUCGGUACCGCCGUUUUCAAGGCCAAGCUUCAUUGACUUGCCACCGUACCCACGCACUGGUUACAACUCUCCGCUGAUAAGUCCGAGACAUGACCUACAUGCGCUUCACUUGCAACAGCACAUGCAAGCAUUCGAGUUGGCCAGACUGCAACGCGAUGUUGACGAUUUGAGGCAUCGUUGUUAAGGAGUUUGUGGUUUCGGUUGAGUGCUCAGUGGCAUCGACGUGGCUGUUAAGUAGGCAACAACGGUCAGGGCUAGGCGGAAGGUAGACCAGGAUUCGACGAUACCGUCUCGCAGUGACGCUUGUUAAAGGAUCGACUGAGUCUGAUUCUCAGAUCGUCGUGGCAUAUUGAUUGACGUUUGGGCGGAGCACGAGAGCAUGCAGCGAGCGAGCACCUUUCAUUGUUCAUCCGUGGUCUUAUUCUUUCAGGAAUCGGAGGGUUGGAUGUGUAGGAGUAUCUAUUACAUUCUUGUCAGUUUUUGCUGAAGAUAAACAAGUCGAC